CGUCACGAUCCCUUCUUUUCCCUCAAACUCUCCUCUUCUUUCUUUAAGAACCGCCUUUAUUGCAUUCACGACUCCUCAUACGAAGAAGACAUCUCUCGAAUACCAAGAUCUCCAAAGAAACCAACAUGUCGUACGCUGCUGCUGCUGCCAAGGGCCCCAAGCAGUCCCCCGAGGAGAAACGCGCGCCCACUCCCCCCGAAAUCAUCCCAUCCGCAAGCGCCUCGACCUCCUCCCUGAUCGAUGUUGAUACCCCUUCCGUUCACACCGUCUCCUCCGACUUCUCAUCGAAGCCUGUGAAGACAGACACCCAGCAGUCGCGCAUCGAGCACGAAGCUGAGCAGGUUAAGGCACGUGCAGAAGCCGAGGCCAAGAAGCUCGCUGAGGAGGAGAAGAAGGCCAAGGCCGAGGCUAAGAAGGGAAUCAGCCGCUUGGAGGCCAAUGGCGAUAACCCUGUAGUUGUCGGUAAUGCGAUUGCCGUUGUGGCGCUUAGUGCUGGGUUGGGCUUCGGUGCGUACAAGAAGUAUGCGGCUGGGGAAAUGUCCUGGAAGAUCGCCGGUGCCUGGUCUGGUGUGGUAGGAUUGUUCGUUAUAGCGGAUUACUAUCUGAGCACGUAUCUCUUCAAGAACAAAUACCCACCGAAGAAGUAGAGGUUGAUUGAUACCUUUUCUGGGAUGGUUUCUUAGGGUGGGGGUUUGUUAUUACUGCGUUCUAUUAUCUUCUUCUGCUUUUGUGGACACUCAGCUCUCGCGUGCCUGGAAUCGAUUGGUUGGAUGAAGGACAGUGGCAUUUGACGGUGAUAGAUUCUAAACUAAUUCAAGUGGAACUCUGAUAUCGCCGCAAUUUAAGCUGAUGCAAGUGC